CGAGAGACAUCAGACUUACCCGGGAACAAUACUUGCGGGUGCCUCCGUGGUGGAUUGCCAAUGAUUAUCCGUGCUGGGAAAUGAUAGUGGACCGGUGGUGCUCGCAAGAGUGCGUGGAGAUGCACGAGGCUGCCCGGCAGCGGCGUUUGCUGAUGCCAGGUGCAUCGCACCAUCAGGGCAACCGUAACCUCAAGGCGUACGCGGCUAGAUAUUCGGCGUCACAUGGUGGUGUGCCUUGCACCCAAGUCCAGGCAUACUGUUUGGCCCACAAAGGAAAGGCGACGUCCGAUGUCACCUUCAACCCGCAGGAUCCGCCCGAAGUGUACAGCAACGCAAGCGUUCACAGCCGCCUCAGUGGGUACACCUCGAUGGCACAAGAAGUUCAUGGGCCGGAGUUUGAUGCGAUCAAUGAGCCCAUUGAUGGAGAAGUCGUCAUGAGGGCGGGAGGAGGCAAGAAGCAUGGACGGUACUGGUUUGGCGACAGCUUAGUCGACACGGCGACUACUCCCACUCUCUCACAGAUUCGAGCCAGGAGUACCAGCUCAAGCCCUGCCAUACGCCCACGGCCAGACACUACACAGACUCAGAUUGAGGCUGUCAAGGUUAUUUCUGUUUCAUCCGUCGUUCCUCCGUUUUUACAUAUGUUCGCUUUGAAUUCUAACCUUGGGAUCAAAUCCUUUAGGCCCAGAUGGAAGCAUCCUUCCAAGCACGGCAAGAGGCGACUGAGGAGAGGUGGAGGGCCGAGCGGGACGACAUCCAGCAAAAAUUGGAUCAAACUCUAA